UCUCCAUCUAUAUAUAAACAACACCUCCUUCCUCUUCCAUCUUCAAUUAUCACACCACUCUCUCUCUCUCUCCCUCUCCUCCUUUAUAUUUUAGUUAUGGCCAAGAUUGGUUUGAAACCCGACCCGGUUAACAAUAAUGCCAAGGAGAUUCGUUACAGAGGCGUUAGGAAGAGGCCAUGGGGCCGUUAUGCCGCGGAGAUCCGAGAUCCGGGUAAGAAAACCCGGGUCUGGCUCGGUACUUUCGAUACCGCUGAAGAGGCGGCGCGUGCUUACGAUGCGGCGGCGCGUGAUUUCCGUGGGGCCAAGGCUAAGACCAAUUUCCCCAAUUUUCUCGAGCUGAGUGAGAAGAUGCCGGCUGCCGGCGGCGGGUUCGAGCGUAGCCCUAGCCAGAGCAGCACCCUCGAUUGCGCUUCUCCUCCGGCGGCGGUUACGCCGGCGAGUGCUGUGAUUGUUCCGCCGCAGCUCGAGCUUCGCCUCGGCGGCUAUCAGAUCCCGAUGGCGCGUCCUGUUUACUUCUUGGACGUUAUGGGAGUAGGCAACGGAGGUCGUGCUCCGCCUCCGGUGGCGUCGGCUUUUAGGUUGCCGGUGAUGCAUGUGGCUACAAAGGUGGCUUGUGUGGCUCAGAGCGACUCUGAUUCGUCGUCGGUUGUUGAUUUCGAAGGUGUGAUGGAGAAGAGAUCUCAGCUGUUUGAUCUAGAUCUAAACUUGUCUCCUCCGUCGGAACAGGCCUGAACUUAUCGAAGGUGGUCGUGGUCGUGCUCAUUUCCGACGCGCAUGCGUUUUUUUUGUUUGUUUGGGAGCUGAGAGAAUUCGUAUUCUCGUAGUUUUUUAUUCUCUCUCACUCUAGAAUAAUUAUUAUUAUCGGUUUUAAGAAAAAAACUUCAAUCGGGAGAGAGAAUAUAAUUUUAGCUGACAUGGAUCGUUAUGUACAUAUUAUUACAUAACUGGAGAUCUGAACUUUUGUUGUGUGCUUUUUUGCGACUUGGUUUCACCUUGUUGUUCCUCUAUCUGUAGCCUUUAAUUUUGUUAUUGCAAAUUUUAUAUCAAUAAUUUGGUGAUCUUCAUAAUUA